AUGACUGAUACUCCUGAAGCUGUUCCAAAUUUUGAAGAGAUGUUUGCCAGUAGAUUCACAAACGAUGACAAAGAAUACCAGGAGUACCUGACACGCCCUCCUGCAACCCCUCCAAUUGUCGAGGACUGGAAUAGCAGAGCUGGUGGGAGCCAAAGAAAUCGAGGCAACUGGUUGCAAGAUAACAGACAGUUUAGAGGCAGGGACAGCAGACGGGGGUGGCCAAGCGACAAUCGAUCCAAUCAAUGGCAUGGACGACCCUGGGGUAACAAUUACCAGCAGCACAGACAAGAACCUUACCACCCUCACCAGUAUGGAAACUACGGUUACAACCAACGGCCUCCCUAUGGCUAUUACUGAUAGAAAUGUCCGCAGCUUUUAGUAAAACUGUUUCCUUUGUUAACAAGACAAACAUUUGCGUGUAUUUUCUGUUGGUCAUCAUUUGCAUCUGAUUUUAGAAAAUGAAUUAAUUUUUUGGAACUUGAGACAUUUUUAAUAAAAUAAGAUCUUUCUGGAGCGAUGUGAUGGUUGCUGGGAAUAAACACUUCCCUAAAAAAGUUGUGGAUAUUACUUAACUUCUACCUCAGACUCUUCGUUUCAUGACUUAAUAGUACUUUGAACUUGGUAUAUCUUUUCCUUGUUUGACCUUCAGUUCUGUCUUUGUUUUACACAGAAAUAAAACAGGAAUUUUAAAAUAGAAAAUGCUUGCUUUUACUUUGUAAUAUAAGGAAGUAUCCAUGUACUUGGAUGUGCUCAUUCCUAAAAUUUUGAGAGACUGGUAAAAUGAACUAGUGAAUGCACAGCUAUCCUUCGUCGUAAUGUGUUGUACAUUAACUUCAGAAGUUGGAAGGUAAAGCAACUGUAGUUGUAUUUCUUUUUGGGGUCUUGUUAUGUGACUAUGGUACUUUCUAAUUACUCUUUAGGUAUGAGCUCCCCAAUCAUUUUGGUCUCUUUUUAUUUUUAAUCUUCACCUGAGGAGUAAGGAUAUUUUUUCCAUUGAGUCUAGAGAGUGGUAGGGAAGGGGGAGGAAGAGAGAGGCGAUUGGUUGCCUCCUGCACUCCCCCAACUGGGGACAGGGAUUGGACUUCCAACCCAGGUAGGUGCCCUUGACUGGGAAUCAAACCAGCGACCCUGUGUGUGCAGGCCAGUGCUCUAAUCAUUGAGCAACGCCUGCCAGGGCUUGGUCUUUUUAAAGGAAUAUCAAGAAUAAAACUGCAAAAUGAGGAAGGAAUCAUUCUCAGUUUUAGUGUCUUGAUCUAAUGAUCUAGGGUGGGAUUAAGGCACAAUCAUUUUAUACAAACUCUAAACCUAGUAGGUAAAAAUUUAUACAUUAUAUAAAAGUGUGACAAAAACCUCUGUAAUAUUCCCCUUCCUCUUCAAUCUUGUGUAAAAUAAGGUUGCAUUAUUUGACUUUACUUACUUUUAUGGUACUUAAUGUAGGUUGAUUUUACAAUGUUAUAAUCAUUUUCAAAUGUGCACCUUUCUGCAUUCUCUUCUAUAAACACUGUGAUGCUGUAACGUCCUUUCAGGGUGAUCAUUAUAUUUCAAAUAAUUGUAAUGGCCGUUACGUGGUUUUAUUUAAAUAAAAUACUUAGAUUAAUCAAUUUCUGUUUUGGCAGCUAGCCUA